CAUGUGGAAGGUAUUGAUACUAACCCUUUGUGGUUUGAUGUAUUCGCAUUCAAGAUAUCCUUUUGAUGAUUGCAUUGCAAAGGAGGGUAGUGACCCAGACACCGUCCAGCAGGUCAGUUCCAGCAUGCAUGUGCGAAAGUUUAUCACUGAUGAGAAGGGCAUGGCCUUGCUGAGAUGCUACUUGGUGGAGAAAGGCUCACUCAAACCAAACGGAGAGCCUAAUUUCACUGCCGACGUGGCAGGUCAAGAGAGGCUGCUGCAGAGGAUGGAGAAAUGUAACGAAAUUAAAAACGAAAAUCGAUGCGAAGCCGGGUAUCAACUUCAGCGCUGUAUGAAUAAUAUGUACGCCGACCUUAUAGACGAUUGAGAUAAACUCUUAAUAAUCCCUUUAGCCAGUCUUAGGUUUAGUGUCUCUUAUCUUAUAAAUUAAUCUUAACCUUUUGCUUUUUGACUUGUUUUAUGUCAAAGAUACUAGUCGAGAUACUGAAAAAAACAGGUAGUAAGAAACAGAAGGUUACUGCACAGAAACUGUUGAG